CUCGUGCAGUAUUAUGGUGGCAACACAGUAUAUACUUGACGUCAUAGGCAACGCGCUUUUUGUUGCCAACUUUUAACAUUGAGUUACUGGAAAGAUCGGAAUGGUGAUAUUUUUUGUUUGUUUGAAGUGGAAAUUAUUUUGAGACAUUAUUGUUUGGGAUUCAGAAAUGGGAAGCCGGAAAUUAAAAGAAUCGUUUGAAGUUGAUGCAAAAUAUGGUGCUUUUUACACAGGCGGACAGGUUGAGUGGACCAGCGAUGGACAGCAGCUUCUGUGCCAGUGUGGAGCAGUAGUUAAAGUGGUGGACAUUGAGCAGGGCCGAAUCAUUACGUCACUAGGUGCGAGCGAAGAGGAAGAUGAGGAUACUAUCAACACAUUUGUUCUGAGUCUGGACAACGAACAAGUUAUCUCAAAUCAUAGGAGUGGACUUUUCAAGCUCUGGAAGUGGAGAGAUGGGAUACUGAUAAAGCAGUGGAGAAGCGUACACAAAGGUCCAGUGUCUCGACUUGCUUUAAAUAAGGAUGGCUUGGUGUUGGCCAGUGGUGGAACAGAUUCCAGUGUUCGCAUCUGGGACCUUCAACAUCAGGCAUGUACUCACAACCUGCGAGGAUCUCAAGGAGUCAUCAGUGUGGUGCAGUUUAACAAUGAUAUGGUGUUUGCUGCUGGUGAUGACUCUGCUAUACGAGCUUGGAACUACAUUACUGGGCGACAGCAGUUGACGCUGUCUGGCCACUUCAGCAAAGUCACCGCUCUUGUAUUCUGUCAAGACACAAACCAGUUGCUCAGUUGUGGUCGUGACAGAGUCAUUAUUCUGUGGGACCUGUCAUCUGGAAAUACAGUACGUACGCUGCCCGUCUUCGAAAGCUUGGAGGGUCUGGUUCUUCUCCCUCAAAAGUUUAGGGUUCCUGGCCACAUGAAGGAACUGAAAGGGGGCAUUCAUAUAGCUGCGGCAGGUGAAAGAGGAGUGGUGCGAAUAUGGGAGGUUACAAGAGGAUGUGAAGUGUUCACUCAGAGUGACUCGCUGGUUUCAAAGGCAACUGAGGAGGGCAGUCUGGCCAUUGUUCAGUUGCUGUUUAAUGCAGACAAGUCUUCACUGGCAGUCAUUUCUGUUGAUCACAAUAUCAUCAUGCAUCAGCUGGCGACAUUUACGUGUGAAAAGCAGAUGGUGGGCUUCAGUGACGAAGUUCUUGAUCUAGUCAUGUUGGGUACCGGAGACUCUCACUUGGCAGUUGCUACCAACAGUAUGGAUAUUAAGCUGUAUAGGCUGAAGGAUAUGAGCUGCCAACUGCUGAAAGGGCACACUGACCUAGUUCUCACUCUAGCGGCCUCUACGAGCAACCCUUUAUUGCUCUUGUCUGGUGGAAAGGAUAACUCAGUGCGCCUGUGGCUCAUGGAUCCACAGAGCUGUGCUAUAAAUUGCGUUGGUGUUGGAUCCAGACACACACUCUCUGUGGGUUCCGUUGCCCUCAGUCAGCUGUCAUCAUAUUUUUUCCUUUCUGUUAGUCAGGAUUUGUGUAUCAAGCUUUGGAGAAUACCCAAAAAGUUGAAUCCAGAUGAGGUACAGAGUCUAAAUGUGGAUCUCACAGAAAUUGCACAUGACAAGGACAUCAACAGUGUUUGUAUCUCGCCCAAUGACAAAUUGAUUGCCACAGGUUCACAGGAUAAAACUGCUAAGCUGUGGUCUUCAGAGGGGCUGAAACUACUUGGUGUGCUGCGAGGACAUAGACGUGGAGUGUGGUUUGUGCAGUUCUCACCUGUAGAUCAGGUACUGCUGUCAUCAUCAGCCGACUGCUCUGUCAAAUUAUGGGCUCUGGGAGACCUUACCUGCAUUAAGACGCUUGAAGGACACGAGUCCUCUGUUCUCCGAGCUCAGUUCAUCAGUCACGGCAUGCAGCUGGUAACAGCAGGAGCUGAUGGCCUUCUGAAACUGUGGAACAUCAAGACUAGCGAGUGCAUGGCAACAUUCGAUGAACAUGAUGGUAGAAUCUGGACCCUUGCAGUAAGUAAGGAUGAAUCAUUGGUGAUCAGUGGAGGCUCUGACUCCAAUCUGGUGUUGUGGCGAGAUGUGACGGAGAAACGUCAAGAGGAAGCUGAAGAAGCCAGGCAGAAAUUAGUACUCCAGGAACAGGAAUUGGCAAACCUUUUGAAAUCGGAUCGACUUUUGUCAGCACUAAUUCUGGCUCUGUCUCUGGAUCGACCCCUGCAGGUUCUUCAAAUAAUCCGAGAGGUGCUAAAGGAAGGCCAGGAAGGCUUGCAUUACACAAUAAGGCACCUGGACUCUGACCAAAAACAGGCACUGCUCAGGAGUGCCACCUUGUGGAACUGCAAUAGCAAGAACUGUCACCCUGCACAGGUUGUGAUUUCAAUCCUGCUAGAUGACUUAUCAAGUGGGGAUCUCAAGGUACAAGCAUUUUCCAGCACACUAGAGGAAACUUUACCGUACACUGAUCGUCAUUUUAAGAGGCUAACACAGCUCUUGCAGGAUCUGCAUCUCCUUCAGUACGCUUUCUAUCAAAUGCACAAUGAACGUCAGGGGGGAGGCAGUACGUUGAAACAGUGAUUGUCAUACCUUGUGGACUUGUAUGUGGGUACCAACAUUCUAGACGAACAUGCUGCCGCCAUCGUCAGACCUGAAGUACUUCUGUGCCCACAAGUACACAUGACUUCACAACUUAUAAGAUCACCAUCAGCAAGAACAAAAGUGUUUUUUUGUUGUUGUAAUAAUUGUUUAAAAUAAUGUGACAACCAUUGGGAAUACAACAUUUGUAUGUUGGAGUUACAACAAAAGAUCUGUCUGGAUGAAAUGCCGAGGCACACGUGUAUGUGAUAAUAUUGUGCUACUAUAUCUUAACCACGCAUUCCAUGACAUCCACUCAUGUGUCCAUGGUUUCCUGAGGAGGAAAUGUCCAAAUUUCAGAAAAGUUAAGUGAUUUUAAGUGUAAAAUAUUACGUAAAUUGUGUCCCAUUCAUGACAGUUAAGGAAUUCUGGUUAUUAAAAUUAAAUACAUGUACUGUUAAAUAUACAGUAAAUGUUCAGACUGUACGCCUUCGGCUUUGAUAUAUUUUCUGGCUCGGUUUAUCUUAAGAUCACUGGUACUGCAAGUAUAUUCAAUAUUGUUCUGUAUGUAUGCUGCAGCAUCCAAAAUUUGAUACUGAUAUUUUUUUUCUAUGUGUAGACUAACAGCUUCAUAUUACCUUAAAGAUUAAAAUUCAUGGGAAUGAGUUCUGGAUAUCUUGCCGGCCAAACAUAUGGUGCACAGUUUAAACAUUUAAUGUAUACAAAUUUAAAAAUGUUAUGAGAUGUGAAGGAAUUGUAUCAUUUAUGAAACACAUGAUUCAAAUAACAGCAUAUUACAUUUCUGAGGAACAUAGUUCCUUCAUCUUCAGUCCUGAAGAUGGAGGCAGUAUGUUCCUGCAAAAUGUUAGUAUCUA